AUGGGGAAUUCAUCUAACAGCAAGCCGAUAAAGGGGCGAGACUUCAGCACCUACCGCUACAUCGGAGAACUAAAUAGCGAAAGUGUACCAGACGGAAAAGGAAUCAUUCUACAUAACUCAGGUGAAGCAUUUUAUGGAUAUUUCUCCAACGGAAAGAAAAAUGGCAUAGGAAUAUACAUAGAUAAAAAAUUAACCAAAUAUAUUUCCAACUGGGUUAAUGAUAAAGUGGAUGGAGAGUUGAAAGUUAAACCCUUCCAUUCAGAGAAGGUAUUCUCCUUUCUUUAUUCCAAUGGGGUUAUCGAGUCAUGUACAAUUUAUCGGAGUAGGCCCAAACCUGAGCGUAGUUUGCAUGCAAAAUGGAAGAGAACUCCAAAGGGGGGGGAAACCCACAGUGUAUACAUAAACGAUGAACUUGCUAUGGCAGAUGCCUGUACUGUGGAGGAUGCAAAUAAAGGAUGGGUGUCUACUUUACCGGUGAGGAAACCAGGUUAUGUUUUGCCAAUUGGGAGAAUCCAACAGGGUAGAACUGUAAGUCGAGAAAUCGGAUAUCAUGAAGAUGUGAUAGAAAUCUGUCCGAUGGAUCAACGCCAAGUCUCCAUGGAAAACCCGCACGACGAAGCCAACAUCCAAAUGAAUGAAUUGACUAAAAAAAAAAUAGAUGAACAGUUAAAAAAGGAAAUUUUGGAGAACAUAUUCUACACUUCUUCCGAUUCGUCUAAUCAUUUUAUCCGUCCACAUUUUGUAAUGUUGGGGAGGAGAAAAAAAUGCUACAGAGAUACAUAUCCUUGUGAAACAACACCAAAGGAUAUAACCAUUAUGACCCAUACAUCAACAAAAAAAGAGGAGAAAAAAACUAAACAUAUAAUUAAACGGUUAACUAAGCAGAAUAGCAAUAGUCUUAAGAUAGAAAAAUAUGAAGCAUGGUCCAGGAAGGAAGUCGCCCACUGGCUCUCUCUAUGUAAUGUACCCAUAAAAUGGAUCACUGCAUUUUACAGAAAUAACGUUACGGGAAGUGCACUAGACAGGAUUAAUAUAGAAAUGAUUCGGAACCAGAUGGGGAUACUACCAUAUGGGCAUGCAAUAAAACUACUCCAGUUAAUUAAAAAUUUGAGAGUGAUGGCUUACAACAAGAGGUUCGCUCGAUGUGUCAACAUACAGGAGUGUAAACAUUUUCUCAAGAGAAAAAAAAAAAAAAAAAAAAAAAAAAAAAAAAAAAAAAUACACAGAGAACAUGAUUCACGCGGGGUAAAUCGUAGACGAAGCGAAAACCUUAGCCGAAGUAAAUCAAACGGGAAGGAAAUGAACAGGUUUCACCCUCCUCCAAAUUCGAGCCAACAGAGCAAACAUAUGCUCACCCUAGGGGAACCCAUCACCAGUGAUGCCCCCCCUGAAGAGGAGGUACCUGUGCUCACGAAAAAAAUUCUGUACAAUGGAGAUGCAGUGUACCAAGAGGAGGACCCAAACUCGUGCACAUCCACCACAUCAUUCAAUUCGACCCGCACUUUGAAAGAGGAAGUCUACGGAAAGAUGGAGAAACUAGGAGAACAACACGCAGAGGAGCAGCAUCAUCUUCAGGAGCGAGUGUGUGAUAGGAGCGCCCCCAACGAACCGGUGUGCCACCCAACAUCAAACGACAGGCAAAAGGAUACCAAUAAGCAAAGACGAGAAGAUAAAAAAGAGAAAAAAAAAAAAUUCAUUCGCAGUUUCCAUAAAAAUUUUUCGCUAAUAAAUGAUUUUGGAAAUACAAUCAAUGGGGGUAUCUCAAGGAUCUAUUCCGGGGAAGGGGAAAACCGUGCCCUAUCCGGUGAUCCAAAGGAUGACGAUUAUGGUUCCUGUUCUUUGUCAUCCUUUUCUAUUACGAGUACGUUUUCCCAAUCGAGUCGCCCCGACCUUUCGUAUGAAGAAUCCAACAAAUCCGAUUCCUCUAACGUGCCAACUUGGCAAGGGGAAUCCAAAGGAGAGGAAUAUUCUAUGCUCGCAUCGUCAGCAGAGUUAGAAUUUUCCGUUACCUCAACCUCCUCCUCUUCCGCGUCCUCAUCCUUGGACACUUCCCCCCCUUCUUCCACCUCCUCCGUGUCCUCCUCUUCGUACUGUUCAAACAGAACCGACGAUGCCCCCUUUUACGGUCGCAGCCAAAUAAUUAAGUACCCAAGCAACAUUUACCUGAACAACAGUUUGGCCUUUUCCUACCUCUACAGCUUUAUAAUACCGCACGAACACUUAACGUUCCUGCAUCUCAUUCGGAACCAUUAUCAUAUUAGAACCCGUAGAUGUAAGGACGGGAGGAAGGAUCAGGAGGAGGAACAGAAUCUCUUCGUAACGAAUACCAAAUCGAAUAAAUUUAAAAGUAUAAAGGGAAAUUUAAAGAACGAUAAAAUUAUGAACAGUAGAACUUUUAGGGGAAAGUACUUAGGCAAGGAUGUAGCAAUUAAGGUAUUAGUAGGAAGAGUAAAAGAUUUUUCUGAAAUUCACAAAGUAUUUUACAAAUUACAUCUUUUGAGACAUGGAAAUAUUGCUCUCAUGAUGGGAGUUUCUAUUAGAUAUCCGUUCGUUUUUAUCAUUUCCGAAUUUUUAAAAAACGGUUGUUUAUUCUCCUAUCUUCAUUGUACUGGUAGUUAUGUGAAGGACUUGUCGGUUAGACAGAACGUAGGAACAGUGAGAGCAGACCUUGGAAGUGUAAGCACCAUGAGCAGGGAAGGGGAUAUAUCGGCUAAGAACUCCACGGACAACAGUUCCUCCUGUGAUAGCUGUACAUGGAACACAUCCCACAGUGAAAACCCUGCGUCUGAAUCUCACAGUGGAAGAAUCACCAUCGGGGUGAGAAACAAAUAUAACCCAUUCAAAGGGGACAAUGACCUCUUCUGUGGUGCUUACGCGGAGGAGGAAACGGAGCAUGUCGUUCCCACGCCGAGGAAAAAGCUCCAAAUAUAUACAAACAAUUAUAACGCAUCAGGAAGGAGCCCAUCCAAUGAAUGGAGCAUAUGUCAGAAAAAAACAAACUCACACAUCGAAGAAAUAAACAAAAAAGGAGGAAAGAAGAAAAAAAAAUUACAUACCAAAUUAUUCUUACAAGAUCAAAUUCAACUGCACGAGCCGUACGCAUUUCCCCCCUUCGAUAAAGAACUCUCUUUCUAUGUAAAAAAAAAAAAAAAAAAAAAAAAAAAAUAUAUAUUAUUUACAUACCCUCAACCGAAGCUUCAUUUUAACCUACCCGGAAACGCCCUCAAAAAGGACAGACGACUAAGUGUCCAACGGAUAUUAAAAAUUACAACGGACGUCACCCUCGCCUGUUCGUACUUGGAAAAGCACCUAAGCCACCCCCUGAACCUCAAGCCGACGAACAUCCUCCUGGACGAAGCGCUAAACGCAAAAAUCACCGACUUUGGAAUCUGCGAAAUUGAAAAGUGCCUCGACACGAAUAUCGACCACUCGUAUGUUGUGUACCCCAACGGAUUAACCACAUUCGAUGUUGUGUUAGCAGACAGGAAUGUACAGAAGAUGGAAUUCUCCAGAAACGACCUUAGCGAUGUUCUGCGUGUUCAUGAUUAUGAGGACAAGCUGCACUUGUAUAGUGUCCAACGGAUAGUUGCUUCACCGAGCAGUGCCUACCCCUCCGUUUCGUUCUGGACCCCUCCCGAGAUUUUGAGAGGCCAGAGAGGAAAGCCCUUUUAUGCGGAUGUCUACGCGCUGGGAAUUGUGCUCUGGGAAAUGUUAACCCGCAGUGUCCCCUUUAACUACCCCUUCAAGUCUCACCUGGUGGCCUCCGUCGGAUAUGCGAAAGAAGAACUGAAUUACAAUAACAUCCCAGACCCUAUUCAAGGGUUGAUAAAAUCUUGUGUUCACAGGAAUAUGUACAAAAGACCAAAUUUUGAACAAAUUUUAGCAGAGCUAUCCCGGCUAUAUGAAAAAGCAAAUACAAAAGCUGAAGAUGCUCUCAUGUCCUUUAUGGAUGGAACAUAA